AUGCUAAAUAUAAACACUAAAAACUCUAAAUAGAUAAAUGAAUAAGAAAAAAGCUUUUAUUUAUUUGAUUUAAAAUUAUAUUCUAAAAUAAAUUCCAUUUGUUUUGGCUAUUUACAGAAUUUAAUGAAGUCUAUCUGCUUGAGAGAUAAACCGGAGAUUACUAUUGUUGAUGAUAACUAAAUUAAAAUAUAGAUUGAAUAUUUAGCAGAUGUGAAUUUGUUAAGAGAAUCUUAACUUAAUCCAGAUAAAUAUGUAUUGUCCCCUUAAUUAUUUAAAAAACCAACUUGCACGAGCUUAUUUAAUGUAACAAAGUCUAUUAAUAUCUAAAAUAUGAGUAAACAUUUUAACCGACUCUCAUCAAAGUAAAGUAGCAUUAAAUUAAUUGAGCCAAUAAAAGAAUUAUAAAAUGACUAAAUAACUGAAGAUUAAAUUAGGCUUGAUUCACUCUAAUCUUCACAACUGAGUGUAAAAUUUUGUUGUAAAGAAAUAGAUUCUACUACUAAAAAUGGCAAACCUAUAGCUAAUUUUGUUUAUAAUUUUUAAAAUAUUAAUUCACUAUCAAAUCAACGAAAAAAUAUUGAUGAUAUAUUAUCAAGUACUCAAUUAAAUUUUAUCUCUCCUAAAAAUUAAAUAUGA